AUGGAGUCAAAAGUUGAAAAGUCUAAUUCGUUUACAAAAGCUUUAAAGAAUGCGGAGUUCAACAUUGAAGAAUAUCUUAAAACUGUGUUUCAAGAAAAACUUUUGGUUAAUGCACCUGCAGAUGAAGACAGAAACUUAACUAAUUCUACCAAACUUUUAGAAAAAUAUAAAGAGCUAAAGAAUGUUCAGAGCGCGCUUACGGCAAAAAAAGAAGAGUUUAGGGUCAAAAUGGAAUGUAUGCAAAGAAGAAGAGAAGACCUUGAGAAAAAAGAGUGUGAACUUAAAGAGUCACUCAUAAAGUUUGACCAGUUCUUCAAAGACAAUGAUGAAAAGAGAGUAAGAGCGAUGAAAAAGAUAUCAGCAGAAAAAGGCUUACAACAACAAAAGCAAACUGAAAUCAAUAUUUUAAAUGAUGAUAUUGAUCGACUUACCAAAGUGCGUGAAAAGCAAGAAAAAAAGGUCAAGUCACUUCUUAAAUAUCGACUCUUUCUUGAGUCGGUUGUUAAAAUGUCCGAUGAAUUUUCCGAUGUUUAUGAGUUCAUAUCACGGUACGACGCUCUGAAAGCCAACUUAGAGGAUUUGAAAAGUUCAGAUAUAAAAACACAGAAGCUUAUAGACAACAAAAACAGUGAACUUGUUCACUUUAAAAAGACAAAACAAGAUGAAAAACUCUCUUUAACUAACGAAAUAGCUGAGCUUCGUAAUCACUUGGAAUUGCAACAAGUGAGUGGGAGAAAUAAAGAGACUCAAUGGGAGCACAUAAGAGACGUAGCUGCUAAUCGCAUUUAUGAACUUAGCACCAUAGUGAUAGCUGUUGCUAAUAUGUAUAAUAUCGUACGAUCGCAUCAGAAGUAUGGCGAAUUGGCUAAGCCUCAUGAAACUUGCAAACAAUUAAGAGCAAUUAAAACUUUUAUUCAAACGUUAGUCAAGAUAAUCGAAGAGGUAAAACAAAAACAGUGA